AUGGACGCGCGCGGGGGCGGCGGGCGGCCCGGGGAGAGCCCGGGCGCGACCCCCGCCGCGCCGGGGCCGCCGCCGCCGCCGCCGCCCGCGCCCCCCCAGCCGCAGCCGCCGCCGCCGCCUCCUGCACCGCCCCCGGGUCCCGGGCCCGCGGCAGCCCCGCAGCCUCCCCGGGCCGAGGCGGCGCCCCCCGAGGCGGCCGAGGAGGGCGGCCCGCGGGCCCGGCUCCGCAGCCGCGACAGCUCGUGCGGCCGCCCGGCCACCCCCGGCUCGGCGAGCAUGGCCAAGGGCAGCCCGAACGGCGAGUGCGGCCGCGGCGAGCCGCAGUGCAGCCCCGCGGGGCCCGAGGGCCCGGCGCGGGGCCCCAAGGUGUCGUUCUCCUGCCGCGGGGCGGCCGCGGGCCCGAGCCCCAGCCCCAGCCCGGCGCCGGCGGACGAGGCGGGCAGCGAGGAGGCGGGCCCGGCGGGGGAGCCGCGCGGCAGCCAGGCCAGCUUCAUGCAGCGGCAGUUCGGCGCGCUCCUGCAGCCCGGCGUCAACAAGUUCUCGCUGCGGAUGUUCGGCAGCCAGAAGGCGGUGGAGCGCGAGCAGGAGCGCGUCAAGUCGGCGGGGGCCUGGAUCAUCCACCCCUACAGCGACUUCAGGUUCUACUGGGACUUCACGAUGCUGCUGUUCAUGGUGGGAAACCUGAUCAUUAUUCCCGUGGGCAUCACCUUCUUCAAGGAUGAGACCACGGCCCCGUGGAUCGUGUUCAACGUGGUCUCCGACACCUUCUUCCUCAUGGACCUGGUGCUGAACUUCCGCACCGGCAUUGUCAUAGAGGACAACACAGAAAUCAUCCUGGACCCCGAGAAGAUCAAGAGGAAGUACCUGCGCACGUGGUUCGUGGUGGACUUCGUGUCCUCCAUCCCCGUGGACUACAUCUUCCUCAUCGUGGAGAAGGGCAUCGACUCGGAGGUCUACAAGACGGCGCGCGCCCUGCGCAUCGUGCGCUUCACCAAGAUCCUCAGCCUUCUGCGGCUCCUGCGCCUGUCACGCCUCAUCCGUUACAUCCACCAGUGGGAGGAGAUCUUCCACAUGACCUACGACCUGGCCAGCGCCGUCAUGCGUAUCUGCAACCUCAUAAGCAUGAUGCUGCUUCUGUGUCACUGGGACGGCUGCCUCCAGUUCCUGGUGCCCAUGCUGCAGGACUUCCCACACAACUGCUGGGUCUCCAUCAACAACAUGGUGAACCACUCCUGGAGUGAGCUCUACUCCUUCGCUCUCUUCAAGGCCAUGAGCCACAUGCUCUGCAUCGGCUACGGCCGCCAGGCACCCGAGAGCAUGACCGACAUCUGGCUGACCAUGCUGAGCAUGAUUGUGGGUGCCACCUGCUACGCCAUGUUCAUUGGCCACGCCACUGCCCUCAUCCAGUCGCUGGAUUCCUCGCGGCGCCAGUAUCAAGAGAAGUACAAGCAGGUGGAGCAGUACAUGUCCUUCCACAAGCUGCCGGCCGACUUUCGUCAGAAGAUCCACGACUACUAUGAGCACCGCUACCAGGGCAAGAUGUUUGACGAGGACAGCAUCCUGGGGGAGCUCAACGGGCCGCUGCGGGAGGAGAUUGUCAACUUCAAUUGCCGGAAGCUGGUGGCCUCCAUGCCACUGUUCGCCAAUGCCGACCCCAACUUCGUGACAGCCAUGCUGACCAAGCUCAAGUUCGAGGUCUUCCAGCCGGGCGACUACAUCAUCCGCGAGGGCACCAUCGGCAGGAAGAUGUACUUCAUCCAACAUGGCGUGGUCAGCGUGCUCACCAAGGGCAACAAGGAGAUGAAGCUGUCUGAUGGCUCCUAUUUCGGGGAGAUCUGCCUGCUGACGCGGGGCCGGCGCACGGCCAGCGUGCGGGCCGACACUUACUGCCGCCUCUACUCGCUGAGUGUGGACAACUUCAACGAGGUGCUGGAGGAGUACCCCAUGAUGCGGCGUGCCUUCGAGACCGUCGCCAUCGACCGUCUGGACCGCAUUGGCAAGAAGAACUCGAUUCUGCUCCACAAGGUGCAGCACGAUCUCCACUCGGGCGUGUUCAAUAACCAGGAGAACGCCAUCAUCCAGGAGAUCGUCAAGUACGACCGCGAGAUGGUGCAGCAGGCGGAGCGCGGCCGCGCGCUCUUCCCGCCGCCGCCGCCGCCGCAGGUCACCUCGGCCAUCGCCACGCUGCAGCAGGCGGUGGCUAUGAGCUUCUGCCCGCAAGCGGCGCGCCCACUCGUGGGGCCGCUGGCCCUCGGCUCGCCGCGCCUCGUGCGCCGCGCGCCCCCUGCGCACGCACCCCAGGCGCCCGGGCCCGCGCCGGCGGCCGCCAGCCCCCAGGGCGCGCCCGCCAGCCCCCGGGCGCCGCGGACCUCGCCCUCGCCCUACGCCGGCGCCCCCGGCUCCCCUGCCGGGCCCCGCGCCGGGCCCGCACUGCCUGCGCGCCGCCUGAGCCGCGCGUCGCGCCCGCUGUCAGCCUCGCAGCCCUCGCUGCCCCAUGGCGCGAACGCCGCCGCCGCCACCGCCGCCGGCCCGGGCCCCGCGGCCCCAGCGCGUCCGGCCAGCAGCUCCACACCGCGCCUGGGCCCCGUGCCCGCCGCCGCUCGGACCGCUGCACCCAGCCCGGACCGCAGGGACUCGGCCUCGCCCAGCGCCACCGCCGGCGCCCUUGACCCGCUGGACUCCGCGCGCUCGCGCCUCUCGUCCAACUUGUGA